AUGUUACGAUCAUUAUCACAGUCGAAGAUUGCCAAGGCAUUGGCAGGAGUGGAAAUGGAGGAAACUGAAGUUAUGGAAAUGGAUGAAGGUCGAACUGCACGAGAAGAGGGGCGAGUGGUGUUCGAAUGCUCUUGGGAGGUGGCCAAUAAGGUUGGUGGAAUCUAUACAGUAUUACGUAGUAAAGCAGCAAUAAGUACAGAGGAACUUGGUGACCAGUAUUGUAUGUUAGGUCCACUACGAGAAGACCGAUGGCGAUUGGAGGUCGAACAAAUUGCACCGGAAAGCAGAAAUAUCGCGACAGCAAUCCAUAAAAUGAACGAUAGUGGUUUUAGAGCAAUAUAUGGUAGAUGGCUAAUUGACGGUUAUCCGAAAGUUAUACUUUUUGACUUGGGAUCAGGUUCGUACAAAAUGGACGAAUGGAAACAAGAACUUUUCGACAGGUGUCAAAUUGGAAUACCUUAUGAAGAUAUUGAAUCUAACGACUCAGUAAUAUUCGGUUUCAUGGUAGCAAUAUUUUUGCAACACUUUGUUCAGUCAGUUAAUGGUUAUCGCAUUCUAGCAGUAGCACAUUUUCAUGAAUGGCAAGCAGGCGUUGGUCUAAUCAUGUCGCGAUUAUGGAAGACUGAUGUGGCAACGAUUUAUACUACUCAUGCAACCUUACUCGGACGUCAUCUAUCAGCUGGCGGUUCUGACUUAUACAACAAUCUUGACAAAUUUAAUUUGGACGAGGAAGCAGGCAAAAGAAGGAUUUAUCAUCAGUACUGCCUCGAGCGGGCUGCAUGUCACAUGGCUCAUGUAUUUACAACCGUAAGCGAGAUCACCGGAGUGGAAGCAGAAAAGUUAAUUAAAAGAAAACCUGAUAUUUUAACGCCAAAUGGGCUAAAUGUUGUGAAAUUCGCCGCAUUGCACGAAUUUCAGAAUUUACAUGCACUCGCCAAAGAGAAGAUAAAUAAUUUUAUUCGCGGUCAUUUUCAUGGACAUUAUGACUUCGAUUUAGAAAAAACAAUAUAUGUAUUCACCGCAGGACGUUAUGAAUUCACAAAUAAAGGUGGUGAUAUGUUCAUUGAAGCUCUUGCUCGGCUUAAUCAUUAUCUCAAAACUACUCGUGAAUUACGGCAUAAAGAAGUCACAGUAAUUGCUUUUAUAAUAUAUCCUGCCCGUGCGAAUUCAUUUAACGUUGAAUCGCUAAAGGGUCAGGCUGUUACAAAACAGUUAAAGGAGACGGUCGACAAGAUUAAAGAAAAUAUUGGUCAACGGAUGUUUGAAUCUUGCAUACGAGGGCGAUUGCCGGACAUGAGCGAAGUUAUGGAUGCAACCGAAAAAAUCCAGCUUAAACGUUGUAUGAUGGCGACAGGAAAACAAGAGCUACCUCCAGUUUGUACCCACAAUAUGAUAGACCCUAAUGAUCCUGUAUUAUGCAAUCUACGUCGAACUCAACUGAUAAACAAUCGUGCUGAUCGAGUUAAAGUUAUUUUUCAUCCGGAAUUUUUAUCCUCAGUUUCGCCACUGAUUGGCUUAGACUAUGAAGAAUUUGUACGAGGAUGUCAUAUCGGUGUAUUUCCAAGUUAUUAUGAGCCAUGGGGAUAUACGCCGGCAGAGUGUACAUUAAUGGGGAUUCCAUCUGUAACCACAAAUCUUUCAGGAUUCGGCUGUUUCAUUCAGGAACAUGUAAUCGAUCCAGCAUCAUAUGGUAUAUAUGUGCUGGAUAGACGAUUCAAGGAUGCUGAAGGAUCAAUUUGGGAUUUAGCGCAAAUAUUAUAUGACUUCUGUGGACUUUCUCGUCGUCAACGAAUCAUUAUGCGCAAUCGAACAGAACGCUUAAGCGAGUUACUUGACUGGAAAAGUCUUGGAAUAUUUUACAGAAAUGCUCGUCGCCUCGCGCUUGAGAGACUUUUUCCGAAUCUCGAUGAAAUUAUUAAAGACAAUGAAGGUAAAGUUCCACCAGCUGCAGUAAGUCGUCGUGGCAGUCAUCAAGAAUGA